ACUAUGUGGCUAUCCUCCUUUUAAUGCGUCAGAUGAGGACAGACUAUAUGAAUUAAUUAAACAAGCCCAUGUCAAGUUUGAAGGUGAACCCUGGGAUAAAAUCUCUUCUGAAGCUAAGAAUUGUAUAGAGAGAAUGUUACGAUGUGAUCCAGCUCAUAGAAUAACAGCUGGUGAAGUUUUAGAUCAUUCCUGGAUUACAGGUAAAUCCCAUGAUAAUUCUCGUCCAACCAAUGUGCUAGAGAUGAUGAGACAGUUUAAUGAUGAAGAAGAUGAUAAUGAUGGACUGUCAGUAAAUAGUGAAAUAAUAUCCAAUAAGUCUCGAGACAUGUCUUCAGCUUUAUCUGAUGAGGUCUCGGAAAAUGGUACCAGUUUGUCUCAAUCUAAGGAAAAGAAUGGAAAUCCAAUAGUUACUAAGACAACAUCUAGUUCAAAACAGACAUCAAAUAGUGUGAAAACUGCCAUAAACAAUAAAGCUAAAACUACAUCUGUGAUGGGGGUGGGGCGGGGUAAAAGGAAAUGA